UGGUUCUCACACUAUUAUCUCCCCUCAAUUUGGCUGCACAUAUUGUUAUGGAGCACAUUAGCCUAAUUCCCCAAACAAAAGUAAUCUCAAUAUUUAUUCCUAUGGAAACCAAAUCAAAAUAGCACAUAUGUUCUAGUAGCAGGCUUUUACUGUGACCAGAUCUUUUAUUUAAAAACAGAAAAUCUGACCCUGUCAAAAAUGGACAAUUCAAGGGUUUCAUUUACAUUACAAAAGAGUUAGUAACUUAGAAUGAUCUCUUCAAUGUUAAUUAACAUUCAAUUGACAUCUGUUGUAUAAAAAGAGGUCUAUCAAAUCAGUCUGCUCCUACCACCAUUGCCCAAAAUACGGCCACCCACAUUGUGUGGUAACAAGAGAGGUCCCAUACGUGUUCAAUGGGAAUAGGGUUCUCUGAUCAAGCAAAUCAAAUCCAGUGUGAAGGAUUUUCUGAAUGUAUUUGGAACAAUCAAGGCUCCCCAAAGUUGUCUGACUACAGAAGCUUAUUUUCAAAUAAUUCCAAAUUAACUGAGAGUUAGCAUUCUUCAGAAGACACUGGGAAAUGUUGCUUUCAAAAAAAGAUCCUCAUUCCUAUGCACAGACACAGUCCCCAUAGUAUGUACAGAGUGUUCAACAAAACGAGCCAUCUUUCUGUGCCACCAUAUUGGUACUCAUGAAGGUUUUGGCAGAUGCUCUAAAGAGUAUUAACAGUGCAAAGAGAGGCAAAUGCCAACUUAUUAGGCCAUUCUCCAAAAUCAUCAUCCGGUUUCUGACUGUGAUGAUGAAGCAUGGUUACAUUGGUUUAUUUGAAAUCACCGCUGAUCACAGAGCUGGGAAAAUGGUUGUGAACCUCACGAGCCGAUUAAACAAGUGUGGCGCGAUCAGCCCCAGAUUUCGUGUACAACUCAAAGAUCUAGAAAAAUGGCAGAAUAAUCUGCUCCCAUCCAGCCAAUUUGGUUUCAUGGGACUGACAACCUCAGCUGGCAUCAUGGACCAUGAAGGAGUAAGAUGAACGCACACAGGGGGAAAAGUCCUGAGAUUCUUUUCCUAGGGAUGGAAUAUAUACAUGCGAAUAAAAUGCUUCCAUUGGGGAAAAAAAAAAAAAAAAAAGAGCCAGUGCUAGAAAUGUAGCAAUUUCACAAAACAUCUAGACUUACUAACACUCUGUUGCUGUAGGGUCAUAACUAGCUGAAGGUCAGCAGUGGAGUUAGACCACUUACACAGGGGACAAACACUGAUUUGUUUCUGAGAGAGAGAGAAAACCCACAAAGUUGUGAGAUCACGCCCUGAGCCUAAACGGAGUCUGCCGCUUAACUCACUGAGCCACCCAGGCACCCCAAGGGGGUUGGAACUUUCAUUCGCACCCCACCCCACCCCCACCUCUAGGGAGGGGAGAUGAAUGGAGGUUGAAUCAAUCAAUGGUGCCUACGUGAUGAAGCCUCGAUAAACACUCCUAGGGAAGGCAUCUGGCCAGCUCCCAGGCUGCUGAGCACGCAGAAGUGCUGGAGGAAU